GCAUGGAAAUGGGCAUAACAGAUGGUUUGAUAAAUCAUUCACAUUAUGUAUUGGAAGCAAUGGACGGGUUGGAUUUAAUGCUGAGCACACAUGGGCUGAUGCUCCGAUCAUGGGACAUCUUUGGGAGUGCAUCAUCGGAGAUGAGUUGGUUGAAGGAUAUGAUGCAAAUGGUAACACAAAAGGUGAAAUUGGUUUUGAGCCACCAACUCCAGUUCGUCUUCAAUGGGAUCUGAAAAGUGACGAGUGUCAAAAAACAAUAGAAGCAUCAUAUUUGGCAGCCCAGAGCCUAUUGAAUGAUGUGGAUUUAAGGAUAUAUGUCCACGAUAAUUAUGGAAAAGGUUUUAUGAAGACCUGUAGGGUUUCACCGGAUGCCUACAUCCAGAUGGCUUUACAGUUAGCUUAUUAUAGAGAUUUUGGUAAAUUCAGUCUGACGUACGAGGCUUCUAUGACCAGAUUAUACAGAGAGGGAAGAACUGAAACUGUGAGACCUUGUACUAUAGAAUCCGCCGCGUGGGUUAAAUCUAUGGAAGACGCAACUAAAACUACUGAAGAAAGAGUUAAACUCCUCUAUGCAGCUUGCAAGCAGCACCAACUUGGUUACCAAGAUGCUAUGUGCGGAAAAGGUAUAGAUCGACAUCUUUUCUGUCUGUAUGUAGUUUCAAAAUACCUAGAAGUAGAUUCACCCUUCCUGAAAGAAGUUUUGAGUGAGCCUUGGCGUUUGUCAACUUCACAAACACCGCAUGGACAGACAAACAAAAUGGAUUUAAAGAAAUAUCCAAAUUGUAUUAGUGCAGGCGGUGGUUUUGGGCCAGUUGCUGAUGAUGGGUAUGGAGUUUCAUAUAUAAUCGCAGGGGAGGAUUUGAUAUUUUUCCAUAUCAGUAGUAAAAAUAGUUCACCUCAAACGAAUUCAAACAAGUUUGCACAACAAAUUGAGAAAGCUUUGGCUGAUAUGAGAAUAUUGUUCACGGACUUCAAAAAGUCUGCGAAAAAAGCGUAAAAAUUUAAUGCUGAGACGU